AUGGCAAACCCGUUGGUGAUCCCUCUCAUCCUUCCUGCUUCUCAUCUGACCGUGUCCAGCUUGGCCACAGCAUGGCGCUCCUUUUGGCACGCCAUGACGUCCAAUGACCGACAUGCUUCCUACGAUUCUCCCUAUCGAACCGGCCAACACAUGCCUGUUGGUCAAAGUCGACAUGAUCCCCUGACUUCGGUCGCAACGAGUGCUGUCGACUCUCACCCAGAUCUCCCAGCAACAUACCACGAUGAUUCCAAACGCCCUUCCGUAUCCUCCACCCAACUUGCCCCGUCACCUGCCAGGCCAUACUCACCAGGAAUGCGCUCAUUAGCUUCGCCGAAGAAUCCCAAUGUCGAAGAGACGGUUGCCCCUGGCGAAAUUCAAAUGCAGAAUUUCGCUGAUGGUGCUCCACCUCCACCACCUGUGGCGCACUCGUGGAAGAAAAUCGACCGCUGGGCUGAGAAGCACUACCAGGAACUGUGGGAUCAACUUGGUGAAGGGUGUACGCAGAAUGACAUCAACGAACUAGAGCACGAAUUGGACAUGUCUCUCCCCCAGGAUGUACGCGAAUCUUUGAGCAUCCACGAUGGACAAGAGCGUGGCGGACGACCCACUGGCAUCAUAUUCGGCUGCAUGUUGCUAGACUGUGAAGAAAUUGUCCAAGAAUGGAGAAACUGGAAGGUUGUUAAUGAAGAAUAUUUGAGCGGUGCUAGCAAGCACUCCUCUUACUCCAACAACAAGCGUCUCAGCAACGGCGCCUCCUCCUCCUCCUCAAGCCAGACGCAAAAUGGCAACCGGUUCUGGAGACAAGAGCUGCUGGACAGACAAGAAUCACAGCCACCAAAAGCUAUCCAGAAAGCUUACGCACACCCUAGCUGGAUUUCUCUUGCCCGGGACUGGGGCGGCAACAAUAUUGCAGUCGACCUUGCCCCGGGUCCUUUGGGCAAAUGGGGCCAGAUCAUCAUAUUUGGACGCGACUACGAUUGCAAAUACGUUGUUGCACGGUCCUGGGCUCAUUUUCUGGCCAUCGUGGCCGACGAUAUGAACAGCGACAAGGUCUUUGUAGACGAAGAGACUGGAGAGCUGAAGUUGAAGGAGUUCAAGACCGAAACAGUCGAGCCUUCAUAUAUGGAAAUCCUUCGCUGGAGAGCAGACCAGAAAUACGGCCGACGAGGGCCCAGACGGAGGCCCCAGCCAGCCGGACUAAACACUGCUGUUGUGGCGCAAAAUGGACGACAUUCGCCAUACGGCAGUCCGGUGAUUGGAACCGAGGAUAGGGGCAGAUCGCCCCAACGGUUCUCGCGAGGUCCCUCUGGAAGCCCGAGACACACUGUCGGGAGUCCUCUGGCUCGCGUCCAGGAGGAGAUUGCUCAACCCCAAGCUAUUCGACCUGGUGGAGACGUGAUACGAGAUUUUGCCCAGGCUGUUGACUCUCCCAGUGAAGGUAAAAAGCGGGAGAAACCUACGCCAAUCGACCCCAAAGCCGUCAAUCCUAACACCAAAGCCGAAAAGCUGGUUGAUGCACCUACCCCUGCUUCAUUAAAAAGUUCAGAGCCCAAGGAAUUCCCGGCCACAAGACUCUCAAGGGUAUCCACCGAAAGCGAUAAGAAAGACCAACCCACGGCGCCGGAAAAAUCCGAGGUAAAAGGGCUGGGUGUGGACGGCAUCGAAGACGAAAUGAAGACUGUGUCGAUCUAG